AUGACCCUGCAGAACAGCCUUUUAACUCGAUUCCCAGAGACCGGAGAGAUUUCUGUCACCGUCCAGGUUUCCAACGGCCGAUCCAUGGUUCAGGACACACGGACCGUCAGAGUCUACAAUGACUUCCAGGUCAUCCCUUUAAGCUUCAGCAGAAACCUGGACCACUUCAAUCCAAACAUCCCAGAGUGGAGAGAUGACAUCGGCCAGGUGGUCAACAAAAUUCUGACUAAGAUCACAGGCAUACCUCUGGAGUCUCUGGUAACUGUGGUGAAACCAGGCCUUCCCACCCCUGCAGACCUAUAUGUCCUCCCACUGGACAGCAAACCAGACAAGAGGAGUGUCUUUGUAGAUAAGCAUAUUCCAGCCAUCGUGCAGGCUUUCAAUGACAAAAACGUCAGCUUCAUGGUCCGAGGCGGUCAGCGAGUGUUGGUGAUGCUAGCUGACCCAAAUGCAGGUCUAAUUGCUAAUGACUCAUCACCUUCAACAACAGAAAAUGGCUACCAUGGAGCAGCUGGAGGUCCGGGUGUUUGGGCUCUCGCUGUCAUUUUCCUAAUCAGCAUAAUUGCCACCGGCUCCUUCAUCCUUUACAAGUUCAAAAGAAAGCUUCCUGGAAGCCGCAACGUCUACGCCCAGAUGCACAAUGAGAAGGAGCAGGAGAUGACCAGCCCCGUAAAUCACAGCGAAGACACGCAGCACAUCAUCCAAGGCGAGGAGUUCAUCGACGACGACCUGGACUCGCAGACUCUAGGCAACCACUCAGGUGUGGUCCUGAGCAUCAACUCCAGAGAACUACACAGUUACCUGACCAGCUGAUGGCUGCCAUGGCAACGCUGAUGAGCUAGCCCAGCCUAGCCGAGCCAGCUAAUGAGCACAGGGACUCUGCCUUCUUCCUCCUCUUAUUUUUUUUUUUCUGUCCCCACCCUCUCCUCUCCCUUGGACACUUCACCUCCACUCCAUGGCCUCCUCAACCCCUCAACUUUGUGUGAUUUGUACUUAACAUCACGGCAAGGUCCUUACUCUCUCUCUCUCUCUCUCUCUCUCUCUCUCUCUUCCCACCACACCACCAACACUGAUGUUAAUUGGGGUCUUGAUGGCUUAUCUGUGUCUGUAAGAAAAAUAACAUUAUGUGCACAAACAUUCUGCCACUUAACACUCCUAGAAUCAGCCAGGGAGAGUUGAACCGUCCAAACCAGCAGCUACUCAAGCUAGCUGCAGCCAAAGACGUGUUUCUGAGCACUAGAUGUGGACUGCACUAAGGUAGAGAAGUAAACUAAAGACAAGUGAGUUUUUAUUUUUUGUUUUAUUGUUUUUUUUUCCUUUUCUUCCCUAAAUGAUCACUUAACCUCUCUCUCUUUAAAGGCAAUAAUAAUCUUAAUGGAAUGUACAAUAUAAGAAAAA